GGAGCCCGCCGGCAGAUGGCGGUGCGAGGGAGCGGGGCGGUGGGGAGGACCCGGAAGGUUUCUCGCUCGGAGCCGCCUGCCCGCCCUCCCUCCCUCCCUCCGCCGCCUCUCCCGGCCUUGCCAGCUCGCAUGGAGCCGCUCGGGAUGGCCGCCACCGCCGUGCCUGACGCGGGGCCGGGCCCCGGCUGGCAGAGCAAGUGUCCCUGGGGAGCCCCCAAGCCUGCAUCGAUAUCGUGUUCCCUCGCCGAGGUAAUGAGCGAACAGCUGGCGAAAGAGCUGCAACUGGAAGAAGAAAAUGCUGCUUUUCCUGAAGUGGUUGCUGUUGCUGAAGGACCCUUUAUUACAGGAGAAAAUAUUGACACUUCUAGUGACCUAAUGCUAGCCCAGAUGCUGCAGAUGGAAUUUGACAGGGAAUAUGAUGCACAGCUUCGACGUGAAGAGAAGAAAUUCAACGGAGAUAGCAAAGUCUCCAUAUCCUUCGAAAAUUAUCGGAAGGUGCAUCCCUUUGACAGUGACAGUUCAGAGGAUGAGGUUGAUUGGCAGGAUACCCGUCACGAUCCUUACAGGGCAGAUAAACCUACUACUACACCUAAAAAGGGCUUCAUUGGAAAGGGAAAAGACAUUACCACUAAACACGAUGAAGUGGUAUGUGGAAGAAAGAACACAGCUCGUAUGGAAAAUUUUGCUCCUGGGUUCCAAGUUGGAGAUGGAAUUGGGAUGGACUUAAAGCUGUCAAAUCAAGUCUUCAAUGCCUUAAAGCAGCACGCAUACUCAGAGGAACGUCGAAGUGCAAGGCUCCAUGAAAAGAAGGAGCACUCCACUGCUGAGAAAGCAGUGGAUCCUAAAACACGUUUACUUCUGUACAAGAUGGUCAAUUCUGGGAUGCUGGAGACCAUCACAGGCUGCAUCAGCACAGGGAAAGAAUCUGUUGUUUUUCAUGCAUAUGGAGGAAAAAGUGCAACUGAAGAUGAUAAAGUUAUACCUCCAGAAUGUGCCAUUAAAGUGUUUAAAACGACACUUAAUGAAUUCAAGAACCGUGACAAAUACAUCAAGGAUGACUACAGAUUUAAAGACCGCUUCAGCAAAUUGAAUCCACGAAAGAUUAUUCGUAUGUGGGCUGAGAAAGAAAUGCAUAACUUAACAAGAAUGCAAAAUGCAGGAAUUCCUUGUCCUCAAGUGGUUAUCCUUAAGAAACACAUCUUGGUUAUGUCUUUCAUUGGCCAGGAUCAAGUCCCAGCUCCUAAACUAAAGGAUGUAAAACUUAAUAGUGAAGAUAUGAAAAAGGCCUACUAUCAGACUCUUAACAUGAUGCAGCAGUUGUAUAAAGAGUGCAACCUGGUCCAUGCAGAUCUGAGUGAAUACAACAUGCUUUGGCAUGACGGCAAGGUUUGGCUUAUCGAUGUCAGUCAGUCUGUGGAGCCCACCCAUCCUCACGGACUUGAGUUUUUGUUCAGAGACUGUAGGAAUGUUUCACAGUUCUUCCAGAAAGGAGGUGUGGCAGAAGCACUUAAUGAGCGUGAGCUCUUCAACGCUGUCUCAGGUUUAAAUAUUACAGCUGACAACGAAGUAGACUUCAUAGAAGAGAUUGAAGCUUUGGAGAAGAGAAAUGAAGAUCACGUGCAGAAUCAUGGAAAGAAAGUGUCCACGUUUUCAAGUGAUGGAGACCCACCUAUUUAUGAUGAAUAGCACUGGCUGUAUAGCUGCUUUUAAGAAAAAAACAAAAAACAAAACCACGAGAAACCAACACGGAUAUGCUGCUUCUGACUAUGUUAGUGCAGUGGUAAAUGUCAACUGCCGAUGUCAAGAGAGAGUGGUUGACUGGGAAUGCCAAAAUGGAAAACACAGUGAGCGUAUGGUGAUGCCUCAGUGUUUUGUUUUUUCUUGUUUGAUUUUUGUUUUUAAUUUAGCCCACACGUCAGGCUGGCACUGCGGGAAUGGAAUGUCACUACUUGGGAUGGUCUGACAGCUUCACCAGUUGUCUGGUUACAUUAGGCUAACGUGGGUGAGGUGGUCACAUUUUGUGUCAUUCAGAGCUUAUAUGUUAUACUUAAAAAAAAAAAAAAAAAGUUUAGAUCAACUAAACCAGUUAGUGAGAAAGCAGACUCAAAAAAGAGUCCCCCUUUUUUCCCUUUUGCGACUUGAAAAACAAAAAAUUGUGUAUGGCAACCAUGUCAAUGAGCCUUUCAUCCUUCACCCAGGGCAAAAUGAAAAGUCAAACUGUGCUGUAAUCAUGAAACUGUUAAUUUAACACAACAACGUCUAUACAUGGAAAGAAAAGUCUGGACCUUUUCAUUAAAAGUAUGUGGAGUCUGGCUCUAACUGUCUCUGUGAAUACAAUUCGGUAUUAUGAGAAACUGAUCUGAAUCCAACCUGCAGAGGACUUCUUUAGCGAUAUGCUGGAAGUCCUGAGAGCUGCAUCCAAGAUGCAUAACAAAGAGUAAAAUCAGUUGCUUUCAAUCUUAAUAUACAAGUAGUUCCAAGAACUCAGUGCAAGUCAAGAAAACAAACACUCAAACCUUUGCAUCUGCACUGAAAAUCUGGGUAGAGCACCAAACCUUCUUACUCAUGUAGAAGAUAAUCGUACACUUAUGAAAACUAAAUACUGAUCAGAAUUACUUUUAAGUUAAGCUUUUUGAUUACUAUUGGAAAAGAGAAAAGUCGAUUCAUCUUUCUUCCAUGCUUUUAUUCUUAAUGCCAGUCUUCUUAUUUUAGCAAGUCUAGCAAUGUUUUCCCUCCAGCACAUUUAAAGAUGAACUGAUCUAGUUGGGUGGUUUGGAAUUAAGAAGUUUGGAUCAACUUUUUAAAUUGCUGUUUCUGGUGCUGUUCUAUCAAGCAGAAUAUUGUGUUGCUACAUGUGACAUUUCUCCCAGUGUGCUGUGAAAGUGAUUUGGUUUUCUUUUUAAUAAUUGGAGAACUGGUGAUGAAGUAAAAACUUUAGAUCUUGCA